GCGGGUAUGGAGUUCCUUUCUUUGUCAUGGGAUCCAUUCUCAUUACGUGUGCAAUCAUUUGCUCCUUCACCAUGCCAAAAAUUAAUGAUUCUGGAAAUGAGAACAAAAGGUCCAUGUUGACACUUUUGAAGAGCCCAUUGUGUGUUAUAACGGCCGUGUGUAUUGUUUGUGGUGCUUACACUCUGGGAUUCUUCGACCCUACCUUUGCUAAUCAUCUCAAAGAGCUGAACCUGACUGUGAUACAGAUUGGUCUAAUGUUCCUAAUAGGCCCAGGGCUGUACGCUCUGACAGCACCACUGGUAGGCUGGAUAGGAGACACUAAAAAAAUACCAAAGACACUGAUAAUUAUUGGAAAUUUUGCCAUGUCCAUAGCUUUCUUAAUGCUAGGCCCAUCCCCUCUCGUCCCGUUUUUUCCAUUCGCGUUGUGGACACAGAUCCUUGGCUGUGCCUUUCUUGGAGUUUUCCUGGGCUGUGCUUUGAUUCCUACUUUUAGAACAUUACUAGAUGGUGCCCUCCAAAUAGGAUUUGAAGAAGAUUUUGUAACCUUUGGAAUGGUGUCAGGACUAUUUAACUCCUGUUUCUCACUAGGAGCGUUCCUUGGACCAACAGGGGGUGGAAUAUCAGUGGAUCACCUUGGCUUCCCAUGGGGAGUGACCAUCUGUUGUGGAUUGUUUGUUUUAGCUGGAAGUUCAAUGUUGGUAUAUUGUAUUGUGGAGAAGUACUCUGGCUGUAUACGUGCUCUGCCUGCCACAACAAACAAAGGGUACAUGUAUAACCAACUGCAGAUGGACGAAAUCAUCCGAGACGAUACUGACGAGGACGACGAGGACGAAAGUGCGACACUCUUUGAUCGGGAGAGUAUUGUGUGAACUUUUUUGAAGAUAUAUUGAAUUCGAAAAUGAAUCAAAGGCAGCAGAGAUAGCAUAUCUGGUAGAUCUCAAAACAAUAGGAACCAUGGAGACCAAAAAUCAAAAGGAAAUGUUCAAUGAACUCAUAAAAUAUCACGGCCAGACCAGCUGCUCCUAAAGGGCACGUGUUUUCAUUAAGGUUGUAUUAAGACACUUGUGCAUUACAGCUAUGUGUUUUAUAUGUAGAGAUAGACAAAGCAAAAUAUCAAUCAAACUCGUUAUUCGUAACAGAAAUAAUGUCGGUAAUGAUGUACCUAUAACGAGGCUUUAUUUCAGUAAUGUACAGUAGGUAGAGUCCUGAAACACCAUGCCAUAUCGUAUUUAGUUUAAAGUUGUACAUUGUUUAAAAUAAUAUUUAAGAACCCGGAGAAAGUUGCCUUCAUGUUGUCAUCGUUACCUUCAUGUUGCCAAUGUUUCCAUCACGUUGUCAAUGUUUCCUUUUGGUUUAAUGGCAUACUUGCUCCAUUUGUAUGUUUAACUAUAUUAUGUUUACUUAAAUUAUGAAAUAGAUAUUUCUUAAAUAACCCGUAUUGAAUCUUUUUUUUAAAUAAACCUUGACCAACUGAAAUAUCUUCACUGUUUUUAAUCUAUGACAGAUAUGAGUGUUUAUAUGAGUUUGACACAGAACGUUGUAUCUUUGGUCUAGUUUGUUGAAUUUGCUGGUAUCGUGUGAUCCCUCGGAACAGACAGACAAUGUAGGCCCUGCAUUUACAUCGGUCGAAUUAAAUUUCCAUUUUACUGCGAUAUCGGCUGUCUUUAAGCUAAUCAUGCUUGUAAAAUAUACAAGCGGAAAAAAGAAACUGUGCAUGCGGAGAAUUGAUAUAGAACAUAUAUUACCAACUG